AUGCUGCUCGUGCGCCUCGACGUGGACAUCGCCCUCGCCCUCCUCGCGCGCUCUCCGCACCGCGUGCCGGGCGGCGGGCUCACCGUGCUGCUGCUGCUGCCGGCGGCGGUGGCGGUGGACGUGGUCGACGGGUACGAGAGGCUCACGGGCUGGGCGGCGAGCGACGUUGGCGCGCGGGGCGAGGCGCAGGCGAUGGUGUACACCGAGGCGGCGCUGCUGCUGCUCUGCGGCCUCAAGCUGCUCCUCAAGCUCCGCCUCGCCCUCGCCCUGUGGCGGGUGCGCGCGCUCGGCCGCCCCGCCGCGCUGGACGGGGGCGAGGUGCGCCGGCUUGGAUGCACUGAGCGGGUCCUCUUCGCCGCGUGCGUGCUGAGCCUGGCCGCCGCGCUGGGCGCGCUCGACGCGUCGCUGCUCCCGUCCUCGCGGACGCUCGGCAGCCUGGGGCAGCCGCGCGACGAGGGCGGGGCGGCGGCGCAGGGCGGCAACGCGACGCUCGCCGCCCUCGCGGGAAGCGCCCUCCCCGCCAACGCAUCGCUGCUCGGCGCCCCCACCCUCGCUGACCUGCCGACCCUCGCGCCGAUGGUUGCCGCCGGAGCGCCGCUGCUCGCCGUCGCCUCCGCGGCCGUGCUGCGGCGCGGUCCGCUGCAGGCGACGCCGCUCGAGGCCUUCCUCGGCAUGCUCGCGGGCGGGAAGGGGGAGGAGGAGUGGUCAGAGGUUGGUGUCGGCACCGCCCUCUCGUCGUGGUUCCUCUCGCUUCAGGUGCCGCUCCUCCUCCUCGUCGCCGCCGCCGCGGUGGCGCUCAUCCACAAGCGGCUGAGCGGCGCGGCAAGCGCGGACGCGAAGCCGGCGCCACGCGCCCCUCGGCCGCAGUCGAGGGCGGUGGCCCGCGGCGCGAACGGCGGGGUUGGCAGUGGCGCGCGGCGGCUGUGCUCUCGCGACGCGCCGCCGCGAGACACACGCGGCCUUCAGCACGCAUGCCUCGGCUCUGAACCGUAG